UUUCAUUUCGGACAACAACGCCCUUACGGACGCUUCCCAGCAUCUUUUUGUUAUUUGAUAAAGGUUCUUUAUGGGCGAAGAGCAGGCUAACGUGUUUGCGACCAUUACGGAAAACCGUGCUGGUAUUGUUAUCACUUUCACAAAUUCCGUCCAACGUGACUUGAGACGGGAAUGCAAUGUCGACGGAAGAUUACUACCGGAUCACGGGUUUCAUAUUGAACCCCGCGAUAGAAUUCGUUUAGAAUUCAGAACUCUGCGCGGCAAUAUGCAAACCCAGUAUGAAUAUCGGAACGUCCCCAUCGCAGGUCAGCAGAUAUUGCUGCAUUCUCCAUUUCCAAUCCCAGUUGCCGUAAUAGGAAGAGACAGUUACCAUCUAAUGAGAUUUAGUAUCCUCAUUAACGGCGUGGAAAUCAACGGCGGCCCCAUCCAACUGCGCCCACUCGGAGAACAGAACAGAAUACUGGGCGGCGAUCACAAUUUUUUCAUUGAAAAUGUACAUAGCACGAAUGCAUUUAUUGGAUCAACGUGCCAAAGUUUGCCUUCAUCAAAUCAAGUGAUUCCAGACGACGAUGCCAGUUCGCAACCUUCGAUUACAGAACAACCUUCUUAGAACUUUUAAUACCAAAUAGACUUUCAUCCGGAUUUUAUGUUAUACGAGACUGCGUUAUAUCAGUCCUUUAUAACAUAAAAUUUGCCUGUAAAGGUCUAUUUAAUCAACGAGUUAC